AUGUACAUGUGUGUGCAUGUGUGUAUAUGUGUGCGAGAUGAAAGACGCCCUUCAUUUCAUUCCACACAACAGACCAAGAAUUUCGCACAGAAGAGAAAAAAAACAGUUAAAAAGGCGCCAGGAUUAUAUGCAAAAGAGAAACAGCCGGGAAAAGGCCAGGCUACGUAUGAGCUCUAG